AUGGACGAACGCGCCGGCAGACGACUCGACGUCUGUGCCCGCUUGGGCCCGCAGGGAGAUGUACAUCAAAGGCUAGGCCCCCAAGGAGGUCGGCCAAACAACCAUCGCAACGAGGAUCGCGAAGAAAGGCGUUCAGCUGUCAACUCACAGAGAAGCACUCUCGAAAGGCUAGGCCCCCAGGGAGGCCAGUUGGACAACCCUCACAAUGAGGACCAUGAGGAAAGACGCUCCGUUACUCACUCUCGGAGAACCAAUUCUCGUCGACAAGCUACAGAGAAUCUUUCGCAGGCGCAGUCCACCAACACUCCAACUAGGCAGCCCAGGCGAGAAGGUCGACCCUCAGAGGACAAUGAGGAAGCCGCUCACCCGAAGCGAUUCUCGACGCCCUCGUUCAUACACUUCAAAGGGGAUUCCGAUCCCGAGAGCCACUUAAAACACUUCAAAAAUGUUAUGAUCCUCCACCAGGCUGACGACGCACUAAUGUGCAAGGUAUUUACGAUAACCUUGCGAGGAGCAGCACAAGACUGGUUCCACACCCUACCAUCCAGGUCGAUCAGCAGCUUCAAGGAGCUAGCUUACGUCUUCACCAAAGAAUACACCUCUUACCGGACAAUCAAGAAGAACCCUGACCACCUGUACAACCUGGGCAAGAAGUCUGACGAAUCCCUUCGAGAUUACAUCAAGAGAUUCAAGGCAGAAAAGGCGAACAUUGUAGGAUGUGACGACCGAAUCGCGUCCUCCGCUUUCAAGAAAGGCCUUCCAGCUGAGCACGACUUGUACCGCGAGCUGACUAUCACUCCCAGCCAGACUCUGGCAAAGGUCUACGCGACUGCGGAACGCUACGCGCUCUGGGAUGACGACCGAAUCGCCGCAAAGAAGUCUACAAAGCAGGAAGAUCAGCCAACUAAGCGGGCAGGCCAAAGAGGCGACGAUUUUAACAACCGAAACAAAGACAAGCGCAGGUCGCACCCAAAAAGGGAGGCUACGGCAGGAGAGAACUAUACCAAGUUCACCAUCCCCAUACAUCAAAUCUUAGCCCAAGUGAAGAAUAAACCUUGGAAAGCGCAUCUUGAAGAACUCGUGAGGGAAGGCCACUGCACUGAAUUCGUUGCGAAGCAGGCCAUCCAACGGAUUGAAGAUCGAGACACCGCCAAGGAGCCGCCUCAGAAGGUCAUAAGGAUUAACACAAUCCUAGCCGACUCCGAGGAGUCUGGGCUGACCAAAAAGGAAAAUAAGAGGAAGAUCAAACAGGCCACUGUGAUCUCUCAAGUCUCGACCGACCUUCCACUAGCAGAAGACGAUCCUAUGAUCGGCUUCCAAAAGAAAGAUCUGAUCAGCCUCGACAUGCCACAUAACGACGCCCUUGUCAUCAGCAUUCAAAUCGCUCAGGCCAUGGUCGACCGAAUCCAUGCAGAUGAGGGCAGCGCAGCCAAUAUCCUACAAUUGGCGGUCAUCCAACAGAUGGGCUUGGAGACAAAGAUCAACAAGUUAGCUAGAUCGCUGACUGGCUUUAAUGGUGCAACAACGGUUACCGUGGGCACGAUAGACCUCGACGUCUACUCCCCACCUGUGAUCAGCCUGCAAACAUUCAUGGUCAUUAAUGAGGUCUCACCCUAUAACGGCAUCCUGGGCAGACCAUGGAUUGGCAAGAUCAAUGCCAUCACCUCCGCCACACAUCAGAAAAUUCGAUACCAAUCCCUGGGGGCGGUGUCAGCCAAAUCAACAGCGAUCAAGCAAUGGCGAGGAAAUGCUCCACCCAAGGGCUGA